AUGCCAUUUGCAACAACAGCAAUUACGGAGCAGAAUGCUAAUGCAAAAUGCUUGGUGAUUGUCUUUCCUUCUGGAGCGAUGUGUAUAAAUUUGGCAGGCUCCUUCAAAUGCGAGUGCUUGCCAGGCUACCAAAAACUCGAUGAUCGAAGUAUGGAUGUAAUGCGUGUUUAA